CAACAACAAAUUGGAAGAAGAAAAUCAACAAAACAACAACCACAACAUAAUAGCACUUUUGCUUUCGCUUCCAACUGGUUUUUCGUACACCGUACAAGAGAGACAGACAGACAGAGAGAGAGAGAGAGAGAGAGAAGAGAAUUAACUUCCAGCUCGUCUUGGAAUUCUGCCACCGGCUACGCAUGCGCAACAACUACAACAUCGUCUGGCUGCUGCUUACUGCAUGAAAGAGUUUUACAAAAAGAUAUAUUACUAAACUACUACAGUUACCUGCCCAUUACGGAAACUACAAACUACGCAUCACAACGAAUUGUACAAAAAAAAAAAAAACACAAACAAAUAAAUAAAAAACCUAUAUAGAAAAUGGAUAGCUUUAAUGUGCCCUUGCUGGCGGAGAGUAGCAGCAGCAAUAAUCCCAGUAAUUAUGCCCAGCAGCAACAGCAACAGCAGCAACAACAACAACAACAAUUGAUGCCACAUCAUCAUAAAGAUCAAAUGUUGGCUGCUGGCAAUGCACCAACAUUAAUGCCAUUUUAUCAACAUCAUCAACAACAACAUCAGCAGCAGCAACAACAACAACAACAUCAUCAAAAGGAUAAUGUUAAUGGAACAACCGAAAAUUUCUCCAACUCUAUAGAUGGGAGUCAAUUGGAAGAUGGUGGCAUCUCAUUAAGUGGCCUAUGUGAAAGAAUGUUUGCCAGUCCAAAUCCUCAUAGUAAUAGUAAUAAUAAUAUGUCAUUAAAUAAUAAUAAUAAUAAUACAAAUAAUAAUAAUGUCGAUAACAAAGUAAUUGCCACCUCAUCAACUAUUGUUGUUACUGCUGGUGGUGGUGGUGCAAGUGGCGGUGGAGUGGGAUCUACUACUAGUGGUUCAGCUAUUAUAUUGGAAUCAGUUCCAAUGCCUUCAUUUGCCAAUCUUAUAUUUCCACAAACACGUCAACCAACACAAUCAUCAACGAGUGAGGCUUUAACUGGCAUUGAUCCAGCUCUAAUACAAAAGCAACAAUUGCAACAACAGCAACAGCAUCACCAACAGCAACAACAACAACAACAACAACAAGUUCCUUCUGCUUUGGCAUCAACAAUUGCAAUUGCAGGACCAUCAAUAGAAUAUCAUCAAUUGAAACCCAUGGAAGUGGUGCAUACAAAUACAAAUUUUCUAACAUCAACAACAGCGCAGUUAUUAGAUUUUGAGCCGCCAAAAGAUGAUAAUCAAAUAACAACAACAACAGCAAUAACAAUAAAUGCAACAGGAGGAUCAGCAGAAGCACCACCGCAACCACCCCCACCAUUAGCAACAUCUUUACCAUCAACAACAACAACCAACACUGCCAACAAUAAUAUGAAUAGAAAUCAAAAUCAACAAAUGCGUUGCUCAUUACACAGCAUUGAGGAAUUGGCAGCCAGUUCAUGUCCUGUUGCUGCUGCCCCCUCAGCAGCAGGAAAAACAAGACCCACAACACCAAUUGCAAUUGCCACAGCAACCACAACAACAACAACAUCAGAAGCAGGAGCAACAUCAUCACAACAACUGCCACAAAGUGGUUCACAUAGCAUUGGCGGUGGUUCUGGCGGUGGUUCGGGCUCUAAUCUUAGCUCUGAUGAGGAAUCCAUGUCGGAAGAUGAAUUCGGCUUGGAAAUCGAUGAUCAAGGAGGCUAUCAAGAUACCACAUCCUCACACUCGCAACAAAGCGGCGGUGGUGGAGGAGGUGGUGGCGGUGGUGCCAAUCUCUUAAAUGGCAGCUCCGGUUCAGGGAGUUCAACUGGUGGCGGUGGCUAUAUGCUCUUACCACAAUCAAACAAUUCCUCUCAUAUGGGAGGACCACAAAAUUCCACACCCGGUGGUAAUGGUGGUGGUGGCAAUUCCUCCUCAAAUCCAUCAGCCGGCAAUGGCAACAAUGGUGGUGGUGGUGGUGGUGGACAUCAUCAUCCACAUGGCGGUACCUCAGCAUCGGCCUCCGGUGGUCAUGGUGGCAGCACCGGUGGACAUAAUGCAUCCGGUGAAGCUAUCGAUUUCAAGCAUCUCUUUGAAGAAUUAUGCCCCGUAUGCGGCGAUAAAGUCAGCGGCUAUCAUUAUGGUUUGCUAACCUGUGAGUCCUGCAAAGGUUUCUUCAAGCGAACGGUACAAAAUAAAAAAGUCUACACCUGUGUGGCCGAACGAUCCUGUCACAUUGACAAAACGCAACGGAAACGAUGUCCGUAUUGUCGUUUCCAAAAAUGCCUUGAAGUGGGCAUGAAACUGGAGGCUGUACGUGCUGAUCGGAUGCGUGGCGGUCGAAACAAAUUUGGACCCAUGUAUAAACGAGAUCGGGCGCGAAAAUUGCAAGUGAUGCGACAAAGGCAAUUGGCUUUACAAGCUUUGCGCAGUUCCAUGGGUACGGAUAUUAAACCCUCACCACUCUCGCCAGGCUAUCAGCAAGCAUAUCCAAAUAUGAACAUUAAGCAGGAAAUACAAAUACCUCAGGUAUCCUCACUUACACAAUCGCCCGACUCAUCGCCCAGCCCCAUUGCCAUUGCAUUGGGACAAGUGAAUGCGAGUACAGGCGGCGGUGUGAUAACCACGCCCAUGAAUGCUGGCAAUGGCGGCGGUAAUGGCAACGUCAAUGGCAACGGUGGCAAUUCUCUGGGCAAUGGCAAUGGUAGCGGCAACAAUAACAACAAUCAGAAUACCAGCAGCACGGGUGCCGGCUCAGCCGGUGGCAACGGCAGCGGCGGAGGAGGAGGCGGCGGCAGUGGUGGCAACAAUGCGGGCGGCGGCGGCGGCAACAACUCCGGCGAUGGCCUGCAUCGUAAUGGUAGCGGCAACGGUGGCAAUGGUUCCAAUUGCCAUGAAGCUGGAAUAGGAUCUCUGCAGAAUACAGCCGAAUCGAAAUUGUGUUUCGAUUCCGGCACACAUCCAUCGAGUACAGCUGAUGCGCUUAUUGAGCCACUGAGAGUCUCUCCCAUGAUACGUGAAUUUGUGCAAUCCAUCGAUGAUCGGGAAUGGCAAACGCAAUUGUUUGCCCUACUGCAGAAGCAAACAUACAAUCAAGUUGAAGUGGAUCUCUUUGAGCUAAUGUGCAAAGUGCUCGAUCAGAAUUUGUUCUCACAAGUUGAUUGGGCAAGAAAUACCGUUUUCUUUAAGGAUUUAAAGGUUGAUGAUCAAAUGAAGCUUUUACAACACUCCUGGUCGGAUAUGUUAGUGCUCGAUCAUCUGCAUCAUCGCAUUCAUAAUGGCCUGCCCGAUGAGACGCAAUUGAAUAAUGGCCAAGUUUUUAAUCUAUUAAGUCUUGGCCUAUUGGGUGUACCACAAUUGGGUGAUUACUUCAAUGAGCUGCAAAAUAAAUUGCAAGACUUGAAAUUUGAUAUGGGCGAUUAUGUAUGCAUGAAAUUCCUAAUUCUAUUGAAUCCAAAUGUUCGAGGUAUUGUCAAUAAGAAGACAGUCUCAGAGGGACAUGAUAAUGUUCAAGCGGCCCUUUUGGACUAUACGCUAACAUGUUAUCCUUCAGUUAAUGACAAAUUCAGUAGGCUAGUGAAUAUACUACCGGAAAUCCAUGCCAUGGCCGCACGCGGCGAGGAGCACCUCUAUUCGAAGCAUUGUGCCGGCAGCGCGCCAACCCAGACGCUGCUCAUGGAGAUGUUGCAUGCCAAACGCAAGGUGUAAGAGAGAGAGAGAGAGAGAGCGAGAGAGAAAGGAAGAUGAAAGCAAAACACAAAAAGAAAACCAACCAACCAGCAGCAAUUCAGAAAUAUAUAUAUAUAAUAUUAUAAUGCAAAUACUUAAACAAUUUAUGCAAAUGUAAAUAACAAACCCAACAAAUUGUAAGAAACGAAGCAAAAGGGCAAAACCAAAAGUUUUAAUUGCUAUGCGAAAAUAAUGAUAAACAAAGAUCGAAAGUUAUCGAAGGAAGAGAAGAAGAGUUCUAAAAAAUUGUACAUGAAACAAAAAAUGCAUCAUCACUACCAACACACCAACACAACCACAACCAAUACACCACCAAACUAUCACACACCACUACAAACACACACACACACACACACACACACAUACACAUUUGUUGAAUCAAUGUUAAUUAUUAUUAUUAUGUUUACUAAUUAGUUUUAAAAAAAACAAAACAAAAAUGGAAACAAUUUUUUUUGUCCUAAGUUAAAUAUUCGUGUUUAGUUUUUAGAUCCUUUUCUCUGAUGAUAAAGCAAUUUUUUUUUUCUAUUUUUAGCACUAAACAAGUUAAACUAUAUAUAUAUAUAUAUAUAUAUAUAUACAUAUAUAAACAAAAAGGAAUAUAAGAAAGAUUAAAACAAAUUUUAUUUUUAUAUAUACUUAUAUAAAGAGACAUAUAUAUAUAUAUAUGUAUGUGUAUGUGUUCUUUAUGUAAAUUGGUGUAAUUUUUAAGCAACAUUUUUCAACUUGUGUGUAAAUUUAAUUCCUUUGUUUAUUUUAAAUUAGUAAUUAUAUGUUUUUUUGUGUUUUUUUUUAAACUGUGUGACAAUUUAUAUCCUUUUUU